AUGUCAGCCGCCGAGGAACUACACCACCUUUCCGACGACCCGCUCAACGCUGAGCCUCAGAGCCCAGAAGAGCUCAUCAAGUAUGAAGUAACGCCCACAAAGCUGGUCUACGCCAGAAACCACGGCAAGAUCCAGAACUACGAACACGAGCCCGGCUCUGCAGUUGUCUGGGAAAAGUUCCGCGUCGAGAUUGGAGGCGAAUAUCCAGGCGUGAAAGACAGCGCCGGGUUCACGGUCGCGGAUCUGUUGAAGUAUAUGCCUACAGUGCACAUUGUUGCCGUAUUACACUGCGCGGGUAACCGACGCGGCAAAAUGGCCGAGAAGACUGGCCGCGACGUCGAAGGGCUCAAGUGGGGCGAGGGCACGAUCGCCAACGUCAAGUGGUUCGGCACACCAGUGAGCCGUGUCCUGCUAAACGCUGGCGUGUCCGACAAGCCAGACGAGUGGGUCGGCUGGCACGUCUGGUUCGCAUCGCAUGAUGCCAACGAGGAGACCGAGGAAAACAACUUCAGCGUCUCGAUACCGCUGGCGAAGGCCAUGGAGGGGAGUGUCAUUAUCGCAUAUGGGAUGAACGAGGAUACAUUGCGGGCUCCGCACGGCUUUCCGAUGCGCAUGGUCAUCCCUGGGUACACCGGAACGCGAUGGGUGAAGUGGCUGAAAACCCUGACGAUUUCGCGCGAGGAGUCGCCUGGAAAGUACCAGAAGAAGGACUACAAGGUUCUCCCAGAGAAUGUCGACUCGCUAGAGAAAGCAGACGAAGAAGACUGGUGGGACAAAAUACCCCCGAUGCAGGAACUCGAUGUCAACUCCGUGGUCGCAGUCGUCCAGUCAAAUACGGGCUCAUAUGACAAGAUCUUGGUCAGAGCCAAGGGAUACGCGUUCUCUUGCUGUCGCGUGAGCCGCGUCGAGCUUAGCACUGAUUUUGGUCAAACAUGGACGGACGCGAAGAUCACGUAUCAGGAGGGUCAAUGGAGCUGGACGCUAUGGGAAGGAAUCCUCGAGGUAGACGAGACGAGCUUGCGGCGUUCAGAAGAUGGCAAAACGCGACUCGCGACUGUCUGGAGCCGCGCGCAUGAUGAGCGCGGUCGGGCGCAAGAGGUGGACUGCAAGUGGAACUUGAGGGGUGUGGGCUUUGACGGUGUUGCUUGCGUCAGCGUCUUUCUUUAUCUUGAGGGCAUUAACAUCGGGUUGUGCUCGGUCGCGUAG